CAAAAUUCAAAAAGUAAACCGUCUACAACCGUCCAGUUCGUGGGACGGAACCGUUCCGAUUCUCGAAGUAAUAAAUGCCAAUUUUUCGCGACAUGCAAUAAAGCGUCUUAGAAUUUUUCGAAGAAAGUUUCCAGAUCUGAAAACAAGAGAGAGAAAAGGAAGGGAGGAAUUGCUUUCGUUGCUUCGAUUUAGCCACACCCAGGUAAAAUUUCGAUCAUUUCCUUCGAUUUUCUUGUAGAUUUUAGUAGAGCGAUGGCAAAAACUAGGCCGACCGUGGUUAAGGAUAAGGAAGAUGUUGGGGUUAGUCGGGCCAAGUCACUCAACCCGAUCUACUCUACUGUUGAGGAUCCAGCGGCUUUUAUAACUCUCGCCGGUCUGCCGCCGUCGGCUGAAGUGAGGAUUCCUGGUCAAGAGGACGAGGCCAAGGAUUGCCCGGAGGGUUAUGUGGUUAUGUAUGAGUACCCUUUUAUUCUGGGGUUUUUGUUUCCUUUUACACCCUUGGCUAGAUCUUUUGUCGAGGUGUUCCAUUUAAGCCCUGGCCAAUUGAUGCCCCAGAUCUGGCGUAUUUUUACUGUAGUGCAUAGGGUUACUUCGGGUUGGCGAACACCGUUUGACUUGGCUGAUCUGAUGCAUGUUUAUGAUUUAUCCUUGAAGGAGUGUUGUCGGUAUACUUUGGUGACGAAGAAAAAGAAGAAGAAUUUGUGUGUCGGGUUAGUUGUAAAUGAUAGGGGUUGGCAAAGUCGUUUUGUUUAUGUGAAUAAGGCGUCUCUGGGAGAAGUAGGAAACUUCUUAGUGGAAGGGUGGACGACGGAAGGUACUUUAUGUUUCUGUACUUUUGAUUUAUGAUGUUUUACUGAACGUUGUCUUACUUGGCUUUGUCUUGCAGUUGUUGAUACGUCGUUAGCUGGUUUGAACUCUGACUCUCACGAUAAGUGUUUGAGGUUUCUGGGUUGUUCUGUCGUGGAGAGAUCGUUCAGCCGUGACGGAGGUCGUUUGGGAAGUCAAGAGGGGAGUCAAGCUGGUGACGUUGACGAGGAAGAGACUGAAGACGAGACGAUUUGCUUAGUUCGUCGUCGACGGAGGUUGGACUUACGCGAGGAAGUCGUUGCGAAUUCGUCGUCUGCAUCAGAGGAAGAGUUUGAGAUGGCUAACACAUCAGAGAAUACGCUGUCGUCUAAGCCAGUGUCGAGGAUGUCACAGAGCGAGAUGAUGGAACGAGCGAGGAAGCGGUUGAGGUCGAACAGUAACGCUGGUGGGCAGGGUGGUCAGGCGAUGCCUCUCGUGCCUCGUUAUUCUAAGAUAGGUGCGUCGCCUGAGACGCCCGUUGUUAUAGGGGGUGAAGGUUUUCAUCCUCUAUCGUCGUCGUCGCCGCCGAGGCCGUUUCAGGUGUCGUCGACUGCUGUUGCUGCGACUAGGCCCCCUGCUGCGUCGGCCAAGAAGCGUCCUGCUGACAAAAGUUCCGUCGAGGAUACUGUUGUCACUCUGCCCCCGAACUUCUUGGGCGACAGUGCAGAUGCCGUUGUUUGGCCGCAUGCAGACCGAUUGAUAUUGCCUUCGACGUAUCAGCGUUAUC